GCACGUCCUGAUCUCGCCCGUCUACCGGCAUGGGAGGUUAACCUUUGCAAGCUAUGGAAGCGUCGUCUCUGCCGCUCCCGCCCGUUAGCCUUCCAGAUGGCCCGCCGUCGCCGCCACCUUCGAACACUGCUCCGAGGUCGGGGGAGGAGCCAUCGACGACAACGGAUGCUCCUGCCGGCGAGAGCGAUGCUAGGAGGGCCACAAACAAGCCACCUCAAAAGUCCUCUCAGUUGUGGUCCGCGGAUGAGCAAGUGGCUUUGGCAAGGGUGUACGGCGAAGAUGAUGCACUAUGUGCCUCUGCUUCAGGACCUCACAGGUGCAUGAGGCGCCAAGAUCGAUUGGAGUGGAUAUCGAACAGGAUGCGGGCGGAGGGGUACAGGCGCAAUGGUGAAGAUUGCAGGAAGAAAUGGGCGUCUUUGAUGGAGAAGGCGAAGGAGAUCAAUGACAAAUGUGGGAGAUCGAGCGGUGAGAGCUACUGGGAGAUGACGACAGAGAAGAGCCGUGAACUGGGCGUCCACCCAGCGUUCGACAAGGUGCUUUCAGAUGCUAUGGGGUGGGCACUGAGAAAACUGUCAGUGACAUGUGACCAUACGUUGGCUUCCGAUAACAUGCAAUCGCCGACUGACAACGUGAUAUCGAUGAGGGGCAGGGCUGGUGAAGGUGCAUCAUCAGGCGGCGGUGGAAGGGGAAAGACUGCUCGGGAUGCGUCAGAGAAGUCGGACAGCAGGACAAAAUCGAAGAGAGGAAGGACGAGAGAGAGGUGAGGGAAUGAUGACUCUGCGCAAUCUCUUUCCGUUGCUAUGCGGGAGUCUACAAAGG